UUCCGGUGGGGGGGCGCUCAUGGCGAGGGUCACGUGGUGCCCAGGAACCGGAUCUCGGGUGAGAAGAACCGGGUCGUGGUGAGGAGGAGGCAGGUGGUGUGGUGGCGUGAGACGAGGCUUGGUACGCGGAUACACAGGACGAGGCAGACGGACGCGCACACACACGGGGCGCCAUGUCGGACGUGCAGCGCCUGGCGGUGGCUGUGCUGGGCUUCCUGAACGAGCAGCUGCGCGCGGGGACGCUGUCGGAGGACGCCACCGAGAGUCUGGAAGUUGCGACGCAGUGCCUGGAGACGGCGUUUGGGGUGAGUGCGGCGGACUCGCACCUCGCCGUGUCGCGACCGCUGCUCGACAUCUUCGUGGAGGCGACGCAAGACGAGCCCGCAUCAAAUCCACCCCUCAGUCAAGAGAAGGCCCUCCCGGACUGCACGGUGUCAGAAGAAGAUAGAACUCGCGCUGACAAAUACAAGAACGAGGGGAACCAGUACAUGCGCGAGGAGCGCUAUUCCGAGGCCGUGGAGUGCUACACACACGCCAUCGAGCUGCACCAGCAGAACGCCGUCUACUUCUGCAACCGGGCGGCCGCCUACAGCAAACUGAGCAACUACGUGGGCGCGGUGCAGGACUGCGAGCGCGCCAUCGUUAUCGACCCUAACUACAGCAAGGCCUACGGGCGCAUGGGGCUAGCGCUCACCUCCCUGGGGAAGCACGAGGAGGCGGUGGAGUUUUACCGUCGAGCCGUUGAGCUCGAUCCGGACAACGAGGGUUACCGAGGCAACCUGGAGCUCGCCGAAAGCAGAGGGAGGGAGGCCACGAGCCCGCAGAAUGCCACGCCGCCCGGAGGCUUCGACCUCGCUGGGAUCCUCAACAACCCGGGAUUCAUGGCCAUGGCGGCCAACAUGAUGCAGAAUCCACAAUUGCAGCAGAUGAUGUCGGGAAUGAUGUCAGGAGGCUUCUCUGGAGGCGUCCCGGGUGUGGGAACUGGUGGCAUCAACGACAUGGCCGGCCUAAUCCAAGCAGGACAGCAGUUCGCGCAGACGAUGCAGCAGGAGAACCCGGAGCUCAUCGAGCAGCUGAGGAGCCAGAUUCGUAGCCGGCCGGCCAGCGCGAGCCACGACGACCUCCCACCUCCCUACCAGCCCCCGCCCCCACCCCCACCACAGCCGCCAAGCUCUUGAACAUCCGUGACCUCCCUCUACCCACUACCCUCCCCCCCUCCAUGACUACAAGCUCCCCCCCCUCCCUCGCCACGCACCAGCCCAAUCAUCGACUCUCCCUGGAUAGUCCCAUCCAGACAAAUUGGCCAAUAAAAAUAAACGAAAUGGCACGUAAAAUGAUUGCUUUUCUUCAGUCUCGGUGACCUGUUGACCACCUGGCGUGACCCCGCGACUUCUUGAUGCGCCUGCAUCCUGGGGCUGGGGUUGCUAUGUGACAGCGAGUGAUAUGGCUGGUGAAUCACACGCAAACAAAAUAACUCUUUUUGACGACCUUUGAAGUGCCAGGGCCAGGUGGACACUUGCAGGUGAACAUCUGACCUCCAUGGCGAGCUUGUGUGUUGCGUGCUUGAGUGAGUGUGCGUACAUUGUGUGUGUGUGUGUGUACUUCGCUUGUGUCUGUGUACGUCAUGUGUGUGUGUGUGCGCGUUAUGUGUAUCUGGCCAGCUGGGUGUUCAGUCAGUGUUUGCUGGGAAUACCCUAGCUGUUACCGUAGGCGCACACCAGGUGAUUUCUAUCUUGCACCUGGUGAGUCGGUCCUGCCGGCGGCAGCUGCCAACGCCGAACCCCAUGCGGCGGUGAACUGAUCUGGCAAACUCAGUGUCUGAGUUGGGUUUGUGGAACCCUUGGUGGGGGAAAUACCAUCAGAAGGUCUCCUCAGACCAUCCACUGCAUCCAGCAUCAUCUCCAGCCGUCUCGACAUCGUCUUUCCACUGGAUACAGAUGAGUUUGGACGAGAGAGUGAGGUCGAAGCUGCGUGCAACUCUCCCUCACUUGUUCAACCUGAUGACACCAUCAUCAGGUCGAACAAAGAACAUCAAAGUAACACCACUUAAUGUUGGCGCUUGGAAUGUGCGCACACUUAUGGACACAGCCGGACCAAACAGACCUGCGAGCCGCACGGCUCUUGUAGGCAGAGAACUUGCCAGAUACAACAUUCACGUUGCCGCCCUAAGUGAGACCCGGCAAGCUGACACAUGACAGAUUGCAGACGUUGGAGCCAGUUACACCUUUCUUUGGAGUGGGGGUGGAAAAGAGGAGAGACGCAUCGCUGGUGUUGGUUUUGCAGCAAAAUCUAACCUGGUCAACCAACUGUCAAGAAACUGUCAAGCUUACCCAACGGUAUCAACGACCGUUUGAUGACCCUGAAGCUCCAUCUACCAGGCAAAAAGCAGGUCACCAUCAUCAGUGCCUAGGCGCCAACCAUUACUACCCCGGAUGAGGUAAAAAAAAGUUUUACGCUGGCCUGGAGACUGCAAUUGCUGCUGCACCCAGCAAAGAGAAACGAAUUCUCGGCGACUUCAAUGCCAGAGUUGGAACUGACCAUCAGUCAUGGAAUGGGAUCAUUAGGGUGCACAUGGUGUUGACAAAUGCAACAGGAAAGGCCUUUUGCUACUGGGAUGCAACAACGGUCAAAACAUUGGCACUCAAUUGACUAUGUCGUUGUCAGGAGGAGAGACAGGCGUGACAUCCAAGUUUCAAAGGCCAUGUGCGGUGCAGAAUGCUGGACAGACCACAGACUCGUUAUCUCCAAGCUCAAUAUCCGGAUCAAACCUAGACGUCCACAAGGCAAAACAAAAUGUUAAGUGACUCAACAUCUCCCAGCUGAAACAGGUGAGCAUCCAGCAGUACUUUUCUGAAUCCCGAGACCACCGCUUGGAGUCCCUAAGGCCUGACUGAAGAUGCUGAGGCAGAUUGGACAGCUGUCAGAAAUCUGCUGCACUCGGCAAUGCUUCAAACAGUCGGCGCUGCCACGCGCAAACACCAAGACUUGUUCGACGUAAAUUAUGCAGAGAUUCAGGCACUCCUUGAUGUGAAACAUUGCCUGAACAAAACCUACCUGAAUGAUAGCAGCUCAGAGUCCAAGAAAACUGCAUUUCUCAACAUCCACAGGACUGUCCAGCUCCAGCUUAGACCUAUGCAGAAUGCUUGGCUCAGUCAGAAAGUCGAGGAGAUACAACCACGUGCCGACAGCAACAACACAAAGCAUUUCUACGAUGCACUAAAGUCAGUUUAUGGCCCACAACCCUCAGGAAUCUCACCUCUCCUGUGUGCAGAUGGAACCACACUGCUCACAGAGAAAGACAAAAUCCUUGGCAGAUGGGCCGAACACUUCAACUCAGUCCUCAAUCAGCCUUCAUAAAUGAAGACGCGAUCCAAAAGGCUGCCUCAAGUUGAAAUGAACCUGUCACUUGCAGAUCCACCCACUCUAGAGGAAACAAAAAAGCCAUCAGUCUCCUGUUAUCGGGAAAAGCUCCGGGAGCUGACGCCAUAUCAGCGGACGUCUGCAAGGUGGUAGGGCCUCGUUUGGUUGAGAAUCUAACCGACCUCUUCCAGUCAUUAUGGAGACAAGAAGCUGUCCCUUAGGUGUUAAAGGAUGCGUGGAUUAUCCACCUGUACAAGAGGAAGGGCAAUCGCCAAGCCUGUGACAAUCAGAGGUAUAUCCUUGCUGUCCAUUGCGGGAAAAAUCUUUGCAAGAAUCCUCCUGAAUCGUCUAACAGAACACCUAGACCAAGGCCUGCUGCCCUAGAGCCAGUGUGGCUUAAGAAAAAGCCAUCGAACCACUGACAUAGUGUUUGCAGCCCACCAACUCCAAUAAAAAUGCCAAGAGCAAAACUCCGAUUGAUACCUCACCUUUGUCGACUUGGGAAAGGAUUUCGACACCAUCAGCUGCGAGGGCCUCUGGAAGAUCAUAGUGAAGUUUGUAUGCCCGGACAAAUUUAUCACCAUGAUAGGACAGUUGCGUGACGGCAUGAAGGCUAAGUUUGUGCAAGAUCACCGAGAGUCCUCUGAACAGUUUUCAGUCACAACUGGAGUGAAGCAAGGCUGUGUUCUAGCACCAACCCUCUUCAGCAUGAUGUUCUCCGCCAUGCCGCUCGAUGCCUUCCCAAAUGAACACACUGGGAUCCGCUUCAUCUACCACUUUGACAGGGACGCUGUUCAACUUGCGGAGGAUGCAAGCCAAAACAAAGGUGGAGGAGGUGACUUCGCGACCUUUUGUUUGCAGAUGACUGCGCGCUAGCUGCUGGCUUGCAUGCCGACCUGCAGACCUUCAUGGACCAGUUCUCAGCUGCCUGCGACAACUUCGGCCUCACAAUCAGUACAAAGAAGACUGAAUUUAUGUACCAACCUGCCCCUGUAAUCCUUACGUGGACCCAACCAUCUCAAGUUCACCUACAUUGGUAGCGCUCUGCCACGUGCUGUUCACAUUGAUGAUCAACAUCAGCAUUGCCAAGGCUAGGUGCAGCCUUUGGCUGUCUGCGAGAUUUAGUGUGGGAAAGGAAAGGCAUCAAGUUGGCCACUAAACUGAAAGUUUACCAGCCAGUAAUAACUACCAACUCUUAUGGUUGCGAAACCUGAACAGUAUUACAACGCCACCAUUCCAGGAAACUCAAUCACUUUCACCUAAACUGUGUGAGGAAGCUCUUGAGGAUCAGCGGCAGGACAGAAUCCCAGACCCUGAAGUCCUCAGAGGUGCUGACAUACUGAGCAUUCCCACGCACCUUAUGAUAGCACAGCUCGGAUGGGCCGUCCGUGUGACCAGGAUGCCUGCCACUCGUCUCACAAAGCAGAUAUUCUUUGGAGAGCUGAAGAAUUCGUCUGACCUGGUGAAAUCUCAUCUGGCAUGGCACUACCACCUCUGAAACCAGCAGAAUCAAAAAUGUCAUGGUGAGGAGACAACAGCAGAAGACCCGUAUCAAGAGAGCCGUCCCCCAGCAGCAGCAGGCUGCUACCAACAAAUCAUGUCCAGUGUGCCACGGAGUGUCCCGGGCUCAGAUUGGCCUCUUCAGCCAUCUGCGCUGUCACCGUACACCAGACUCAUCCCAAUGAAGCAUGUCACGGUCAUCAACAAUCCUUGAUGGACGAACACGGAAGGAAAGGAAGGUGUACUUUGUGUGUGUCAUGUUUGUGUGUCGAUGCGUGUGUGUACCUUGUGUGUACACGUGUGUGUACAUUUGUAUGUGUACGUUGUGUGUGUGGAGCGAUUACGAUGCGGCUGUCGCACUGCGCUACGAUCCCAGCAAGUGGACGCACGCACUUUGUCGCUUCGGAAAGUGGCAUCCGAUUGGUCCGAGCCUCAUCCCCCCAAGGGCACCGCCGCAUCCAACGCGGAGUCGUCGUUUACUCGCUCUGGGAAGUCAACGCAGCUCGGUGAAGGCUUGGUUCCAACCAGCCACUCGUGCUCGGCAGGCACAUGGAGGUGCUCGCUAACACCACAUCCUACGAGACUAAAUGGGGGGGAGCCUUUUAUCUGUGCGUAUCUGCCGUUGUGUGAUUGUCGGGGGGGUUUCGUGUAUGGACCUAUGUUGAGGUGGCCGGUUCGCGCUACGCUGCACUUCUCAGCCACACUGGUUCCAGUCUCGGCACGCACCUCAUCACCGUUACUGCCAAUUGGUGUCCCAAUGCCCUGUCCUGAAGAUGUUUGCGUGGUCACCAAACAGCUGCGAUUUGAGAGACAAACACGCUGCCAACGUUUUCCCCGCCGCCACACCAAGUCCAAAUGGACACUCGCAAACGGCGCUGCUCCUCGGUUCUAGUGGCGAGGCUCCGAGGGAAACCCCCACACUGCGUGGUAUUUGUGUGCAGCGAUCACGAGCCGCCGAGUUAUUUCAGGGUUGGACAUCACGACAACGUCCAUCGCGAGCCGUUACAUGGCGAGCCAUCGGCGUGAACACCAUCACCCCUUCGGCGGUCGUCUGCAUUCAUCCAACGUGAAAAUCACUUCGCUUGUGCGUACGGGGCGAGUCUGGCUGUCGGUUGUAACGUGUUAGCCGGCGUCUUGCUCUCGGUGGGCGUCUUGUGUGAGCCGAGCCUCGUCCCGCGCCUGGAGAGUCGUGAUGUACAGAGGAAUGUUUUGUAACUGAUAAGGAGACGACAGAAACCGCGGAAGGCUGCGGCCCCCACUGCUCGCGAUGCGGUGAUUAUCUUAACGUGGCUGUGCUGGCAUGAAUAAAGGCGCUUUGAAUAUU